AUAACACUGUACGGCCUGCUUCAUCCAAGACCCACCAACCCCUCGGUGAGGCAACAAAAAACCCCCAGACGCCUCACCAACCGCCAUUCCCCAAUUAUAUCCCCUAAAGGCUGACAUCAUUCGCUGCUAGUAAAACUCACUGAUCCUCCUCAGGUACCGGCGAAUUUUCCAUCCUCACCAACAAACAACAAUCUCCUCUCCCCCUCCCUGUCGCUUCCUUCUUUUCGAAUUCCCUCUAGUUAUCCCUCUUGUCCCUCAAUCGACAUUCACAGUGAUGAAAGUGCCUACGCGAAUACCCCGCCAGCUGGCAUUGCCUCGCCCGCAAUUCGUCCGGCCCUUUCAUCAAAGCAUCGCCAGAACCGCCAAUGUCGCUCCGAUAGUCGGUACUGGACCUCCCCCGGAUCCUCCCACCCCGGCAGUCCGAAAUGCUCAGGAACGUUUGGAGCGGCGAAAGAAGCACGCCGAGCUGCUGAAGAUGGCUAAGGAAGUGCGAAGCGCGCAGGACGGCAAAUCGAGCGGCGUGGCUAAGAGAUUCUGGAAGGAGGUGACUAUACGAGAGGUUGACGGAGCAUUGCAAGUCCAUCUCGACGCCCGGCCUUUGCGACACCCCAACACCAAGGCCAUCAUCCGAGUGCCGCUCUCCAAGCCGAACCUCGCCUCUGCGCUGGCCCUCGAAUGGGACAUCCUGACGUCCACCCAGCAAGCUACCAAGCAGCACCUCAUCCCCCUCACGAGCCUGAUCUGCCGUGCUCUCGACAUUCUCGACGAUGACGCAUCCAACAGCCCCGAAGCCACCAAGAUUCGCACAGCCAUCACCCACACUGUCCUGCGAUAUCUGGAUACAGACUCGCUGCUGUGCUGGGCACCUCCCGCGGGCCCUCAUGAUAGGAGAAAUGACGCGGGGGAGAGUCUAAGGGACGUGCAGAAGAAGGCUGCGGAGGAGACGGUCAGCUAUCUGACGACCAACGUGUGGCCCGGGAUCACCAUUGAGCCCGUGCUGGAUGGCCACUCCAUCAUGCCGAGAAAACAGAGCGAGGGCGUCCGGGAGGUAAUUCAGGGAUGGGUCAUGGGCCUCGAUGCCUGGGAGAUUGCCGGACUGGAAAGGGCAGUGCUUGCUGGCAAGAGCUUUGUCGCUGCAGCAAGAGUUGUCGCCGAAUGGAGCGAAGGGUCUGUGGGCACUGGCCAUGCCGUGCCAGUUGGGCGCUUUAGUGUUGAACAUGUCUCCAAGGCUACGAGCUUGGAGGUGGAUUGGCAGGCCGAGCAGUGGGGAGAGGUGGAAGACACACACGACGUGAACCAGGAAGACGUGAGGCGGCAGCUGGGCAGCGUGGUUCUGCUCGUAUCAGGCACUGGUAAGCAGCAUUACUGAGAGAAGGGCUGGGAAGAGAGGGCAGAGAGAAAUGAAAUGAAAUGCAUGGCAUGGCAUGGCAUCGUAUGACACGGCAUAGCAAAUAAAUGGUCUUGAUGGGUGGAAGAUGCAAAACUACACUGCACGGGAAAUGUACAACAAGCAAUAGAAUAUAAAUAAACCCCAAAUAAAUUAAAGCAACUAGAUAC